AUGGAAAUCAGCAAAAUCAUUGAAGCGAUAAGAAACACAAGAAACGGAGAUGCACAUCAAGCUUCUCCAACAGAUGGAACGGUAGCAAAGGAAUCUUCAGUUGAUCUUCCCCACGAAGAUUCACUCAAUACUUUAAUUAAGAAACCUGCAACAAACACUUUAGAAGAACCGGUUUCAAGUUCUGCACGGUUGACAGCUUUGGAAUCAAGUUCUCAACCACGUUAUGCCUCAGCCGAUUUGAGUUUUGAGAGCGUUGCCCCAAAAACAAGCUGUGGAUUUUUUUCUUAUUUCAAGAAAAUUUUAACGAAUAAACACAGAAGAAAAAAGCAAAAAUCAGAAUCUGCGUACAGAACACUUAUUUCUGUAUUUGUUGCCAAUUUUUUCACAAAAUCAUCACAGAAAGUUUUAUUGGAUCCUAUAGUAAAGCUCUAA